CUCAGAUAAGAGACUGAGAUGGAGAAUGAUGGAAACGCAUCCCUCAACAAAGGGGUGUGGAGCGCCGAUGAAGACGCGACGCUCGCCCAAUACGUCGCCCUCCACGGCCCCAAGAGGUGGAAAUGUGUGGCCAUCAAAUCAGGGUUGAACAGGUGUGGUAAGAGCUGCAGGUUGAGAUGGCUCAACUAUCUUAGACCUGAUGUAAAAAGAGGCAACUUUUCUGAUGCUGAAGAGGAUUUGAUUCUUAGAUUGCAUAGGCUCAUAGGAAAUAGGUGGUCGUUGAUCGCCAAGAGAAUCCCCGGGCGAACUGACAACGAGAUCAAGAACUACUGGAAUGCUCAUCUGAGGAAGAAAGCUGAUGGAGUACGAACUAAACAAGCCCAAUAGCAGGGACAGCUCGGCUAGCCCAAAGCCCAAGAAAGAGUUUAGUUCGGCCAAGAGUUCAGUUCGGCACAACCAAAGAGUUCGGCCCU